AUGAGUCAAGCGACAAGGUCGAGCUCCUCUCACGGAGAAACCAAGCCCCAACUUUCAUUCAUCAACAAGUUCUUCAGGGGCUCGAAACCCAAGGCCUCCAGAGCUGGUGACAGAGAAGGGACCAAAGACUACAAAGCAAGUGACUCCACACCCAGCAAUGAGACACAGAAGACCACAGCCUCAGAUGAUGCAAAGCCUCUCACUUCAGAAGUGGACUCAGGAGCUGGACUAGAGAGAAAGGAGCAGUUCCUACAGAGAUUUGGCCAGAAAUCUGCCCGCACAUGCCUGGAUCUGAACACCUGUGGGCUAACCACAGUGGAUGUGGAAGAGAUGGCUGCUCUGCUGCCUUUUCUCCCAGACUUGGAAGAACUGGAUAUUUCUUGGAAUGACUUCCUAGGAGGAACCCUCCACUUGGUCACCCAGCAGAUGCACCUGGUCAGAAGGUUGAAGGCAUUGCGGUUGUGCAGCUGCAGACUCACCGUGGGGGACGUGAGAGCACUGGGAGAGGCACUUGGCACUGUGCCUGACCUCAAAGAGUUGAGUCUGUCCUGGAACAGCAGAGUGGGGGGACAAUUGCCUCUGAUCCUCCAGAAGUUCCAAAAAGGGGAGAACAAGAUUCAAACACUCGAGCUGGUGGACUGUGCCCUCACGUCAGAAGACGGGGCCUUUGUAGGCCAGUUACUUCCCAGGCUGCAACAUCUCGAAGUCCUUGAUCUUUCAAUCAACAGAAACAUUAGCAGCCAUCUCCACACUAUCGCUCAGGGAUUAAAAAGUACCUCAAAUCUGAGAGUGCUGAAGUUACACUCGUGUGCAGUAUCACAAGAGAGUGUCCGACAGUUGGGCGCUGCUUUCAGACACUUAGGGGAGCUGAGAAUUCUCGACCUUUCCUGUAACAAGGAGCUGGGUGGAGGAUUGGAGGGCUCACCUGCAGAGUUGGCGGCUCUGCAGAAUUUGGAGGUCCUGGAUCUGCACCAAUGUUCCCUGCAGGCAGAGGACGUGGAGUCGCUGACCCAGGUGGUGCCUCUGCUCUCGGGCCUGCGGGAACUGGAUUUAUCAGCUAACAGACAGGUGGGCCACUGCUCUGCAAAUCUCCUCAGCCGACUCCGCUUCUUGCCGGCACUGACCUCCUUCCGGAUCCACAACUGUGCUCUGCAAAGCCAGGCCUACACUGCCCUGGCCGAGGCAUGCGGGCAGCUGCCGGUCCUGGAGGUGCUUGACUUGUCCUGGAAUAAGUGUGUGGGUGGCAACAUGAAGCAACUCCUGCAUGUGCUAUGGCCACAGUCCCUGCAGGUGCUGAGGCUGAGCAGCUGUGCUCUGGGGACCCAGGACUUGGCACUGAUGGCGUCAGCCAUUCAAGCAGGGCAUCUGGCUGCACUGCAGACACUGGACCUGAGCUACAACGACAGCAUCUGUGACACAGGGUGGACCCUCUUCUGCCAGAAUGUGGGACUCCUCCAGGAAUUAGCAGAGCUGGACAUCAGCCUGCCACCAUCAGCCUGCCGGGAAUGUGGACAGUGGUUUCCAUACUUGCUGUGCGCUGUGACCCAGCUUCCCAAGAUCAGGGACAUAGGAAUGGAAAGAUGGAUCUUCCCAGCUUCCCAGCAGGGAAAACUAGCAAGUCUUGAGCAAGAUCACAGAGGCAGCAUCCGCUUUGCCCACAGUGGGUUUUAG